CUCCGAUCCCUGUGUGCAGACCACGUACUACUUCCGGUGCUUCUGUGCCGACCGACAGAGCGUCUUGCGAUAAUUAUUGAGAAAAGAUACCAUCUGGUACACACAGCAUUAACAAAUCAUGCAUUGGUCUGUGGCAAUAGUUGCUGCUGUGAUCUUCAUGGCUAGCUUGACAGAUAGUAAACCUGUGGCUCAAAAGAAGGGCCCACCCCCUCCCCACGACAAAGCUGUAGAAGGGGGAUCAGAUGAUGAACAAGGGGGCACAAAUUUACCAUAUGAUCGCUAUCUCCGUGAAGUUGUCAUGGCACUGGAGGAAGAUCCAGACUUCAGGAAGAAACUAGAAGAGUCUAAUGUAUCCGACAUAAAGGAUGGAAGUGUUGCAAAACACAUAGAACUUGUUGGACAUCAGGUCCGCACUAAACUGGAUGAGAUCAAGCGUCGUGAAAUCUAUCGCCUUCAGGAGCUCCGUCGUUUACAGAUUAGGUCGAUGCAGGGUACGAAAGUCCUUCAUUACAUAGCCUAUCAUGGAGGUGUCAGAGGUGUUGAGAUACCAGCCCAUCUUGACGUACAGAAUCCACACUCAUUUGAAAUGAAGGACCUGGAGACGCUCAUUAAACAGACGACAAAUGACCUUGAAAAGCUGGAUGAACAGAGGAAGGAAGAGUUCAAAGAAUAUGAAAUGGAGAAGGAAUAUGAGAAGAGGGACAAAUUAAAUCACUUGUCAGAGGAAGAGAGGAAGAAAGAGGAAGGACGUCUGGAGGAGAUCAAGAAACAACAUGCUCAGCAACCCAAAAUGCAUCAUCCAGGAAGCAAGGAUCAGUUUGAAGAAGUCUGGGAGAAAAAGGACCAUCUGGAAGACCAAGAAUUUAACCCUAAAACUUUCUUCAAGCUACAUGAUAUUGAAGACGAUGGUUUCUGGGGUAUUGAAGAAGUGGAGGCAGUGUUGCAGAGUGAGCUGGAUAAGGUGUAUGAUGGCAACACUCCCGGGACGGACCCGAUGGAGAGGUUUGAGGAGAUGAACAGAAUGAGAGAGCAUAUCUUCACAGAGAUGGACAAGGACAAGGAUGCCCGUAUCUCACAGGCCGAGUUCCUGCAAUACACUGGAGCUCAUGGAGAAAAUGAAGAGUUCAAGAAGGAUGAUGGAUGGAAGACCGUUGAUGAGGACCAACUAUUCACCGAUGAGGAAUAUCAGAAGUUUGUGGAGGAACAUCAUGCUCAGCCUGGAUUAAUUAACCAACCACCUGAACAUGUUGACCCAAGUGUGAUGCACAUGAACCAGGGUCAAGUUCCUCUAGGCCAAGUGCCACAGCAAGGUCAGAACCUUCAGUAUCAAGGUCAGCCUCAAGGUCAUGACUUCCAGCAGCAGCAGCAACAAUAUGCACAGCAACAACAAAUCCUGCAACAUCAACAGCAACAGUUUGCCCAGCAACAGGUUGUUCAACAGCAACUUGCAGAACAGCAUGCUCAGAUGCAACAGCACAUUCAACAGCAGCAACAGCAACAACAUCAGCAGCAACAGCAACAUAUUCAGCAACAGCAAAUGCUUCAACAUCCUCAAAUGGGCCAGCAGUUGAACCAACAACAGGCUCAACAACAGCAAGCUCAAGUACCAGUGCAGGGUCAACAACAGCAAGUUCAAGGUCAGGUUCCAGUUCAGAAUCAGCAGCAGCAAGUUCAAGGUCAGGUUCCUGUCCAACAACAGCAAGUUCCUGUUCAGAACCAGCAACCUGUUCAAGGACAGCAACCUAAUCAGAAUCAACAAGCCCAGCAACCCGUUCAGAAUCAACAAGCCCAGCAACCCGUUCAGAAUCAACAAGCCCAGCAACCCAUACAGAAUCAACAGCAACCUGUUCAAGGACAACAACAGCAACAGCAGCAAAUUCUUUAUUUUUGCAGGCUCAACCAGUUCAAGGUCAAGCCUAAUCUUAAAGGUGAAGGUCAUUCCUGUGGAAUUUGGAAGGCAUCAAACUCAAAGAUGACAAGGACAAUGUUAUGAACUGAUAACAGUGAUGUGAUCUUGUUUAUGUUAUUUAUUUUACUCAAGGUGGAGGAGCCAUACUUAUGUAUAUUUAGUUUUCAGAUAAUUUUUCUUUUGAUGAAAAGAAAUCAAAGUGCUUUUGUAUGAUGUUUAUUUUGAUUUUUUUCUGGCACUACUGUACAUGUCAUAUAUAAGUUUUUUAAAAAUCCUCUUACAUUCACACCUGGAAAUCCACACUGUCACUGUCAUUGAAGUGGAUUUUGAAAAUGAGUGUGGUUUUCAUGAAAGUUCUGAAUCUCACAGACAUGAAUCUACAGUGAUAGUACUGAUUUAUUAUCAGAAAAGGAAAGUCUAAGACUGAAUGUGUGAUAUGAAUGACUCAUUCAAUGACCACAUUUAGUUCAGUGUUGAAACAUGUAUCUACCAAAUUUCUGAGUUUCAUGUGAUUACACCAUUGCCAAAAGCUGUGUAAAAUCCUACUCAAUCACUUCUUGUCAGAGUUAUCCCCCUUCAUAUUCCUAUCUUUCAAAUUUGACCAAUAAUUAGCAAGUCAGGUAGCCAAGUGGUUAAGUGUUGACUAGUCAUGCAGAAGGUCUGGGUUUGAAUCCCCCAUCAGGACAUGUGAGGCCAUUCUUGGUUCCCCAGCUGUGAUACUGCUGGCAAAUUAUAUAAGAGACAGAAAACCAUCCUCAUGAAGACAAAACUACCUUCCUUCCGCAUCUUCCUUAAAUAUAGACACUUUGUUAAUACAGUAACAGUAUGGGUGAAUUGAAAAGAGCGCCAAGUCUUGAUGUUUUCAAGUCAGACCUAAAGACCCUGCUCUUCAAGAAAUACUAUGACUAGUGAACUAGUCAAAUCUGUAGCGCUAUGAGCAAAACCUCUGGUGUGGAGUUGAGCACAUUACAAAUGGACUUUAUCAUUAAAUAUAUGUCACCUUCAGAUGGAACAGUGUGACAGUUGUAUUUGGUUACUGUUGCCCAAUCCAUUGUCUGUGAGAACUGUACGUUGACGUCAAUUUGGAUGUUGCUGUUAUUUCUUGAGUGCAUAUUGUGUGAACUGCCAGGCUGUCAUCAACUGUGGUAGCAGCUAGAUAUUUACUACGGCUGUCACGGAUCCGGAAUUUCUGUAUUGAUGUAAACACAUACCAACUGAUAUUCACAAGACAGUUUAAUGUAAAGUAUACUCUUGUGAUUGUUACUGUCUGUAUUUCAAAGCACACAUUUAUUUUUGUUUUGUUAGAGAAUUAUGAAAGUUUUAGACACUGCAAAAUGUUUAACCUGAUUAUCAUAAUUAUACUCAUAAUUACAAAACAUCUGAUGUUAGUAUUGUUACUAUUUCUGACUGAUGUCUUCAGUUCAAUUUGUCCGAGUUGAAGCUGACACAUAUCGUUUCUAGAUGGAUGCCGCUUUGUAAGACACAUAGUGGCCAUCAGUGUUAAAUUUCAUUGACAGCCUUUUUGAAAUUGGUAAGUUGGGAAGUACAAUACCGACAAAUUUAUAGAUAACAAAAUAAAAGAAGUUGUUAUCCGUAUAUUUUGCGGGAUAAGUUUGAGUACCUUGUUCCAAAAUCAAAGGUUCUGGAUAGGUUAAGUUAUUAGAGUGAAAUUGUUUUUCAGAAUGAAUGUAAAUAGUGUAUCAAAUCAUAUAUCCGAGUAGGAUAAAAUCAGAGACCUGGAUCCUGUUCCACAAAACGAUCUUAGCGCUAGGAUGAUCAUAUAGUUAUGUUAAAGCACUGGAGAUCCCAUCACCUUGGCGCUAAGAUCGUUUUGUAGAAAGUGUCCUGUGUAUUAAAUGCUUCAGCAUUAAUAAUUCCCUACUUAGUCUAGUUGAACUGCAGUGUCAGACAAGGAUUGUUGAUGUGUGCCUUUGAAUAUUAAUUACUGAUACCUGUAGCUGUAUGUCUCCCAUUUUUAAUGUGGGACAUUGAAAGUGGUAUGAAUGUGAACUAAAAAUCUAAACCAAAGUGUCAAUAUGAAAAACAUUCUUAUGAAGUGUGUAAGGAAGCUCAUGUUCUUUAAGUUAGUUUUAUCGGUUUGUUGUCAUAUUUAAUUUGUACAUAUUUUUGUUUUAUUUCGGGGUAAUAUCUGUAUAUUGUGAUUAUUUUUGCGAAAGUGUUUCUGUGUUAUAUUUUAAAUGUUUAUCACUGCAUGCUUUGAAACGCAACUGCUUUAUACCUUUUUCCACCUUACCAUAUCAUCACAGGGUCUUAUCAUUGCUGAAGGGGAUUGGAAGAGCCAUGUUCCAAGUGCAAUUGUUUGAUGCAUAGAACAGUCAUGUUCAUGUUCCAAGUGGGUACCACAUUAGGGCUUUUUACAACAAGAUAUGACUGAAGUCUGUGUUAAAUCCUCACUCACUCCACUCACAUAAGAUUGUGUUAUGCCAAAGACCCACGUUUGAGUCCCCACAUGGGUACAAUGUGUGAAGCCCAUUUCUGGAUUGGAAGAUUACUUAAGUGGUGUAAAAAUAAACUCACUCACUUCACUCCCAUAAGCUUGCCAGUUUUAGACACUGCAAUUGCAGAAACUGCAGAUAUAUGGCCAAUCAUUGUAUUAAGACUGAAAUGCCAAAUGUUUCUGUGCAAAUGCUGUCCAAUGAAACAGUAAGGCAGGAUUUCACUGUGAUUUGAUUGGUUAAUUCAAACUGAAUGGAUGAGACUGGAAAAACAAACAUGAGGAAAGUCCCUGUGUUGUAUUCAUGGUUUAACUAGAAUGUCUGGAAUACUAGUCACCCGUCAUAAAGAACGAACACUCAUCUUUGGGGGAAAAUUAUUAACAAUGUAAAGCUGAGAGUUAUUUUAAAUAACUUUUAUGUUUAAUUCCAAACACAUUUGUGAUGAGAGUCUGGUGCUAAUAUUGGGAACAUGUAGUUCAGCUUGGUUUCACUUCCAUUUGAUGAUUUUACCCACAGACAGAAAUAACUGGUGAGCUGUUUAUAUCAUGUGUUAGUUGCGAGGUGAUAGGUUAGAUGUGCAUCGUUCAGUAUUUGGCUUUGCUUGUAUAAGGUUCACAUUAAUAUGUUAAGCAAUUUAAUCAAAUGUUUGUUUCAAGUUACUUUAUCAUUCCAAUUCUAUGAAUAUUCACUCAUACUGAUAUAGUCUCACCAAUAAUGCUGUUUCGAAAUUAUGUCCAUUUUUACAAAACAAUGUGACUUGGUGAAAAAAAUUGAAACUUCUUGUUUUA